AUGUUUUUCUUUACAAUUCUAAUAUGCUUAAAAAUUUUUUUUAAUUUUAAUGAAUCUUGUUUAAGAACAAGAGAACCUCCAAAACCUCCACCAACACCUAUUCCACCUAUUCCACCUAAUCCACCUAUACCACCAUUACCACCAUUACCUCCUCCAAUACCUUAUUUUCCAAAAACUACAACUACAACAACAACAACUACUACUACCACUACAACAACUACUUUACCUUGUUGUACACCAAUAAGUAAAACAAAUCCACCAAGAGUUAAACCAAUAAUAGAAAGUGUUGGUUCAAAUUUAGAUGAAUGUUCAACAUUAAGAAGAGUAUCAUCAGGAAAUUGUCCCAGGUCUGCUCAAAUAAUAUGUUCUAAAGGUAUAGGAACAAUUACUGAAAAUGUUUUAUUAGUAUUUUAUAAUGGAAAUCAAAUUGUAACAUCUGUUCAAGGAGUUAAUUCAGCAGCAUUAACUAUUUAUUGUACAAUAAAUGGAUGGAAUUUAUUAAUAAAUGGAAAUUAUCAAUUAUUUUCAGCUGUCUCUUGUAGUCAAAAAACUUUAUCUUCAGGUGAUUAUACAGAUUAUGAUGGAAUUCCAGAUCAAGUUGUUGGAAAUUUAUUACAAUCAAAUUUAUUACCACCAGCUAGAACAUCAACUACAACAACAACUACUACAACUACAACAACUACAACUACACCAUGGUGUCAAUGGGCAUCACGUUGUGACUAUCCAUAUAUUAAAAAGUGGCAUCAUGAAACACCAAAUGGAUUUGCGUGGGCAGAGAUUGAGGAAUUUCCUGUUUCACCAGCAUCUCCAUUACCUAAUCCUUCUUUAACUAAUUAUCCUAUAUCAUUAAGAAAAAGUUACCCACCAUCACAUACUCCAAAUAAUAAUGGUGGUUAUGCUUGGUAUGAUUCUGUUCAAUAUCCAUCUUCACAUAAAUAA